CAGAGCUAUGGAAACAUCAGGAAAGAGCUCUAACGUAGGACCAUUAGGCAACUGGAACUCCUCCACACCUAGUGGCCAGGACUUCCUUGGAAUCCUUCGCCCUCCCUCCCUGGCCAGGAUCAACUUCCUAUCUGCUGAGGUCCCUCACUUGGACUCUUGCUCCCCUGAAGCUGUGUGACCUUCGAGGUCCCACCUCCAUAAAGCGAAGCAGUUGGACGGUUCACUAGAGACUUGCCUGGCUCUCAAGCUCAGGGAUCUCAACACAUUGCCUGCUGGCCCAAGGAAAGCGGAGCCUGAGCCAGAGUUCCAGUGUCUAAACUCUCUGGUCAUUCUCCUUACCACUUAACUAGGACACUGCCUCCCCGCAGCUCCAAUCCAGCUACCAUACCAGGGCCGUGCCCCCAGCUCUGCCCUGCCCCUCUAUGCUGCUGUGACUCAGCCCCUUCCCACCUCAGUCAGAGGUGGGACUCAGGCCAGGAGAGCGGGGAGGAUCCUGGAAGUAGCAUCAGGCUCUGCUGGGGGCAGGGGCUCUAAGGGGCAGCAGGGCCAGGGCCAGGGCCAGGGCCCUGCCUGCCUAAGGUCAUGGUGGUCGCUGUCAGCUUACUCUCCAGUGAGCUGUGGAAUGUAAGAGAUAUUUUUGCUUCACUUUGAGCCACCCCACCCCCUGGAACUCAGACCCUGAACAUGCCAUGCCACAACAAUGACGACCACUUCCAAUUGUUUCCUGGCUGGGGGGGGGGGAAGGGGGGAGCACUGUUUGGACAAGGGAAGGGGGAGGGAGUCAGGGGGAAAUGCUUUUAGUGACAACAGCCCUUUCUAAAUCUGGCUAGGGACUGGGUGCAGGUGGGGGUGGGGGCACCCUGCUGCCCCAUAUAUACAGUCCCUGAGGCUAGGUCUGGCUCUGAGUAGUCUCCUGCUGUUUCCUUCCUUGCUGCCCUCAGGUAGGAGUAGGAGCUAGAGGCCUUCCUCUGGGAUUAGGGGCUCCAGGUUCAGGAAGAGAUUCCCCUAGAACAGCAGGCUUCUGGCAGGACUUCAUAGAGUACCUGGUUAUGAUUGAGCACACCUGUGCAGAUCUAAAUAUGCAUGCUUGUGCCACAGGAAUGUGGGGGCCCAUGUGUUCCCCCGGGGCGGGGAGGGAUAUCUGUAUCUGUCUAUGGCCCAGAAUGCAACAGUGGUGUGUGUGUGUGUGUGUGUGUGUGUGUGUGUGUGUGUGUGUGUGUGUCUGUGUGUGUCUGUGUGUGCUUGCGCACAUGUGGGUGCACACUUGAGUACAAGCAUCCGUGUCUUAAACGUAAGGAUGAGUGUACAUUUCACCAUGUAAGAUACAAUGGAAGACAUGUGUUUACCAUCAUGCCUGGUUACAAGCAUUUUAGGGGAAGAGGGGCAGAAAGGUGGAGAAUAAUUCUAAAGGAAGCCGGUUCUGUGACUAGUGGAGCCUGUCCGUGUUUGUGGAAGGGCCUGACUGUACACGGAGGAGUCAUUACUAUGACUCUGUGUGUCUUCUCUGUGGUAGGGGCUCACAGCCCUGCAUGUGUGUGUGGGGGAGGGGGUCUCUGAUCUCUGUUCUGAAGAAUAUGUAGCCACAGGAGCCAGCCUCUGUACCUAGCUAUUGUUGAGGCUCAUGAGCCCUGUGGGGGCGCGCAUGCUGGGCACCCAUUCCCUCCUCAGAUGGGAGGAAGCCUAUCCUUUACGGAAAGAGUGUGCACACACAGCAGGCACGUUCCUUGGAGGCUGUGGAGGAGGCACUGGGGUGGAUGAUGGUGGUAAGAGGGCUGUUGGAAUCCUGGGACUUGAACCCGGAGUCUUGACUCUUGUCUUGUGCUCUGAGAAAAGCAAACCAUUCAGCCUUGAUUGCCUCACAUGACCAAGGGGUGACCAUCAAGCAAAAGAAUAAAAGUGCUUCGUCUGGAAAACACUGAACCAAUGUCACUGUUCCUGUUUUGUAGGUGGCUCAAAGGAAAGACAUCUCCCCGGCCGGGUACAGGUAAGGGUAGGACUGCCCCCAAGGGUAGAAGGCGGCUCAGAGGCACCGGGAAGUUGUUCAAAUUAGUCUUUGGGAAAAAGGAAAGAGAGCUUGAAAAGGGAGGAAGAGAAUGACCGGAGAGGCGGACCAGAGCUUCUAAUCUGUCUUCGGUGUGGAGGAGGGUGGGUGUGGGAGAACACAGCCCGAGAGGAGGGAGGCGGCAGCAGCCAGGUUGGCCUACAGCCUGACCUGAUACAGCCCCUCCCCUUUCUCCAGGUCUCCCCCUACUUCCUCAUCACUAGACACCUUCGAGAAACCAAGGUAAGCAAAGCAGAUGUUCAAGGGAUCUGGGGAGGUUGAACAUGGUAGUCCAAAGCCAAACCGGAACUGUCCUUUCUUGCCCUGCUUGGAGACAAUGACCUGGUUUCCAGGAGCUCCUUACCUAUGGUCAGCGAGGGGCAGGGUCUGCUGACGGUCAGGGAUAGAGGCAGACAGAAUCCUGCCCUGCAAGAAGGUCAGGACACUCCCCAAAGAAUGCCCCAACUUGAACAAAAGUAAGCUGCCCCUUUUGCCUGGCGCAGUUGCCAGGCUGUGCUCUCAUUUAGGGGUAAGCUUGAAGAACCAGGGACUCGCGGGUGACUACUCCUCUCGAGUGCCGAGCAUGAUGCCAGAUCCGGGGGCUGCCACUGAAGGGGAGAGCCCAGGGAGGGGAAAGGCAUAUAGGUAAAAGUUGCUGCUCACCCCAGGCUCAGCCAUGGCGGAUGCGGAGAUGGCUGCGUUUGGGGCUGCAGCCCCCUUCCUGCGCAAGUCUGAGAAGGAGCGGCUGGAGGCGCAGACGAGGCCUUUUGACCUCAAGAAAGAUGUUUUUGUGCCUGACGACAAAGAAGAGUUUGUCAAGGCCAAGAUUGUGUCCCGAGAGGGUGGUAAAGUCACUGCUGAGACAGAGAAUGGCAAGACGGUGACUGUGAAGGAGGACCAGGUGAUGCAGCAGAACCCGCCCAAGUUCGACAAGAUCGAGGACAUGGCCAUGCUCACCUUCCUGCACGAGCCCGCUGUUCUGUACAACCUCAAGGAGCGCUACGCCUCCUGGAUGAUCUACACCUACUCAGGCCUCUUCUGCGUCACCGUCAACCCCUACAAGUGGCUGCCAGUGUACAACGCUGAAGUGGUGGCUGCCUACCGGGGCAAGAAGAGGAGCGAGGCCCCGCCCCACAUCUUCUCCAUCUCUGAUAACGCCUAUCAGUACAUGCUGACGGAUCGGGAGAACCAGUCCAUCCUCAUCACCGGAGAAUCCGGAGCUGGAAAGACUGUCAACACUAAGAGGGUCAUUCAGUAUUUUGCUGUUAUUGCUGCCAUUGGGGACCGCAGCAAGAAGGACCAGACCCCAGGCAAGGUAGGCCUGUUGGCACCUACGGGCCUGCGUUACGAGAAAUGGAGUGGGGAGUCUUCAGCCCUCAUCCUUCGUGGCCUCUUGCAGGGUACCCUGGAAGAUCAAAUCAUCCAAGCCAACCCCGCCCUGGAGGCCUUUGGCAACGCCAAGACAGUCCGGAACGAUAAUUCCUCUCGAUUUGGGAAAUUCAUUCGGAUCCAUUUUGGGGCAACUGGAAAGUUGGCAUCUGCAGACAUAGAGACCUACCUUCUGGAAAAAUCCAGGGUUAUUUUCCAGUUGAAAGCAGAAAGAGAUUAUCACAUUUUCUACCAAAUCCUGUCAAAUAAAAAGCCCGAGCUUCUAGACAUGCUGCUGAUCACCAACAACCCCUACGAUUACGCAUUCAUCUCCCAAGGAGAGACCACUGUGGCCUCAAUUGAUGACUCUGAAGAGCUCAUGGCCACUGAUAGUGCCUUUGAUGUGCUGGGCUUCACUCCAGAAGAGAAGAACUCCAUCUACAAGCUGACGGGCGCCAUCAUGCACUUUGGAAACAUGAAGUUCAAGCAGAAGCAGCGGGAGGAGCAGGCGGAGCCGGACGGCACCGAAGAGGCUGAUAAAUCCGCCUACCUCAUGGGGCUGAACUCAGCCGACCUGCUCAAGGGGCUGUGCCACCCUCGGGUCAAAGUGGGCAACGAGUAUGUCACCAAGGGACAGAAUGUCCAGCAGGUGUCAUACGCCAUCGGGGCACUGGCCAAGUCAGUGUACGAGAAGAUGUUCAACUGGAUGGUGACACGCAUCAACGCAACCCUGGAGACCAAGCAGCCACGCCAGUACUUCAUAGGUGUCCUGGACAUCGCCGGCUUUGAGAUCUUCGAUUUCAACAGCUUCGAGCAGCUGUGCAUCAACUUCACCAACGAGAAGCUGCAGCAGUUUUUCAACCACCACAUGUUCGUGCUGGAGCAGGAGGAGUAUAAGAAAGAAGGCAUCGAGUGGACGUUCAUCGACUUCGGCAUGGACCUGCAGGCCUGCAUCGACCUCAUUGAGAAGCCCAUGGGCAUCAUGUCCAUCCUGGAGGAGGAGUGCAUGUUCCCCAAGGCCACAGACAUGACCUUCAAGGCCAAGCUGUAUGACAACCACCUGGGCAAGUCCAACAACUUCCAGAAGCCUCGCAACGUCAAGGGGAAGCAGGAAGCCCACUUCUCGUUGGUGCACUAUGCCGGCACCGUGGACUACAACAUCCUAGGCUGGCUACAGAAGAAUAAGGACCCCCUCAAUGAGACCGUGGUGGGCUUGUACCAAAAGUCCUCCCUCAAGCUGCUCAGCAAUCUGUUUGCCAACUAUGCUGGAGCGGAUGCACCUGCAGACAAGGGCAAAGGCAAGGCAAAGAAAGGCUCAUCCUUUCAGACUGUGUCCGCUCUGCACAGGGAAAACCUGAACAAACUUAUGACAAACUUGCGCUCCACGCAUCCUCACUUUGUACGCUGCAUCAUCCCCAACGAGACAAAGUCUCCAGGGGUGAUGGACAACCCCCUGGUCAUGCACCAGCUGCGAUGCAACGGUGUGCUGGAGGGCAUCCGCAUCUGCAGGAAGGGCUUCCCCAACCGAAUUCUUUAUGGGGACUUCCGACAGAGGUACCGCAUCCUGAACCCGGCAGCCAUCCCUGAGGGCCAAUUCAUUGACAGCAGGAAAGGGGCUGAGAAGCUGCUGGGCUCCCUGGACAUUGACCACAACCAGUACAAGUUUGGUCACACCAAGGUGUUCUUCAAGGCGGGGCUGCUGGGGCUGCUGGAGGAGAUGCGUGAUGAGAGGCUGAGCCGCAUCAUCACCAGAAUCCAGGCCCAGUCCCGAGGUGUGCUUUCCAGAAUGGAGUUCAAGAAGCUGCUGGAACGCAGAGACUCCCUGCUGAUAAUCCAGUGGAACAUCCGGGCCUUCAUGGGGGUCAAGAAUUGGCCAUGGAUGAAGCUCUACUUCAAGAUCAAGCCACUGCUGAAGAGCGCAGAGACGGAGAAGGAGAUGGCCAACAUGAAGGAAGAGUUUGGGCGAGUCAAAGAUGCGCUGGAGAAGUCUGAGGCUCGGCGCAAGGAGCUGGAGGAGAAGAUGGUGUCCCUGCUGCAGGAGAAGAAUGACCUGCAGCUCCAAGUGCAGGCGGAACAAGACAACCUGGCUGAUGCAGAGGAGCGCUGCGACCAGCUGAUCAAGAACAAGAUCCAACUGGAGGCCAAGGUAAAGGAGAUGACCGAGAGGCUGGAGGACGAGGAGGAGAUGAACGCAGAGCUCACUGCCAAGAAACGCAAGCUGGAAGAUGAGUGCUCGGAGCUCAAAAGGGACAUUGAUGACCUGGAGCUGACACUGGCCAAGGUGGAGAAGGAGAAGCAUGCCACAGAGAACAAGGUGAAAAACCUGACAGAGGAGAUGGCUGGACUGGAUGAGAUCAUUGUCAAGCUGACCAAGGAGAAGAAAGCUCUACAAGAGGCCCACCAGCAGGCUCUGGAUGACCUUCAGGCCGAGGAAGACAAGGUCAACACUCUGACCAAGGCCAAGGUCAAGCUGGAGCAGCAGGUGGAUGAUCUGGAGGGAUCCCUGGAGCAGGAGAAGAAGGUGCGCAUGGACCUGGAGCGAGCAAAGCGGAAGCUGGAGGGUGACCUGAAGCUGACCCAGGAGAGCAUCAUGGACCUGGAGAAUGACAAGCAGCAGCUGGAUGAACGACUUAAAAAGAAGGACUUUGAGUUAAAUGCACUCAAUGCCAGGAUUGAGGAUGAGCAGGCCCUGGGGAGCCAGCUGCAGAAGAAGCUCAAAGAGCUUCAGGCCCGCAUCGAGGAGCUGGAGGAGGAACUGGAGGCCGAGCGCACAGCCAGGGCCAAGGUGGAGAAGCUGCGCUCAGACCUGUCCCGAGAGCUGGAGGAGAUCAGCGAGAGGCUGGAGGAGGCCGGCGGGGCCACGUCUGUGCAAAUCGAGAUGAACAAGAAGCGCGAGGCCGAGUUCCAGAAGAUGCGGCGGGACCUGGAGGAGGCCACCCUGCAGCACGAGGCCACAGCCGCGGCCCUGCGCAAGAAGCACGCCGACAGUGUGGCCGAGCUGGGGGAGCAGAUCGACAACCUGCAGCGAGUGAAGCAGAAGCUGGAGAAGGAGAAGAGCGAGUUCAAGCUGGAGCUGGAUGACGUCACCUCCAACAUGGAGCAGAUCAUCAAGGCCAAGGCUAACCUGGAGAAGAUGUGCCGGACCUUGGAAGACCAGAUGAAUGAGCAUCGGAGCAAGGCUGAGGAGACUCAGCGUUCUGUCAAUGACCUCACCAGCCAGCGGGCCAAGCUGCAGACAGAGAACGGGGAGCUGUCCCGGCAGCUGGAUGAGAAGGAGGCGCUGAUUUCCCAGCUGACCCGAGGCAAGCUCACCUACACCCAGCAGCUGGAGGACCUCAAAAGGCAGCUGGAGGAGGAGGUCAAGGCCAAGAAUGCCCUGGCCCACGCACUGCAGUCAGCCCGGCAUGAUUGUGACCUGCUGCGGGAACAGUAUGAAGAAGAGACAGAGGCCAAGGCCGAGCUACAGCGUGUCCUGUCCAAGGCCAACUCAGAGGUGGCCCAGUGGAGGACCAAGUAUGAGACGGACGCCAUCCAGAGGACCGAGGAGCUGGAGGAAGCCAAGAAGAAGCUGGCCCAGCGGCUUCAGGAUGCCGAGGAGGCCGUGGAGGCCGUCAAUGCCAAGUGCUCCUCACUGGAGAAGACCAAGCACAGGCUGCAGAAUGAGAUUGAGGACCUGAUGGUGGACGUGGAGCGCUCCAAUGCCGCCGCCGCUGCCCUGGACAAGAAGCAGAGGAACUUCGACAAGAUCCUGGCAGAGUGGAAGCAGAAGUAUGAGGAGUCCCAGUCAGAGCUGGAGUCUUCCCAGAAGGAGGCGCGCUCCCUGAGCACAGAGCUCUUCAAGCUCAAGAAUGCCUAUGAGGAGUCAUUGGAGCACCUGGAGACCUUUAAGAGAGAGAACAAGAACCUUCAGGAGGAGAUCUCAGACCUGACUGAGCAGUUGGGCUCCACUGGGAAGAGCAUCCAUGAGCUGGAGAAGAUCCGCAAGCAGCUGGAGGCCGAGAAGCUGGAGCUGCAGUCUGCGCUGGAGGAGGCUGAGGCCUCCCUGGAGCACGAGGAGGGCAAGAUCCUCCGCGCCCAGCUGGAGUUCAACCAGAUCAAGGCAGAGAUCGAAAGGAAGCUGGCAGAGAAGGACGAGGAGAUGGAGCAGGCCAAGCGCAACCACCUGCGGGUGGUGGACUCCCUGCAGACCUCCCUGGAUGCAGAGACGCGCAGCCGCAAUGAGGCCCUGCGGGUGAAGAAGAAGAUGGAGGGCGACCUCAAUGAGAUGGAGAUCCAGCUCAGUCAUGCCAACCGCAUGGCUGCUGAGGCCCAGAAACAAGUGAAGAGCCUCCAGAGUUUGCUGAAGGACACUCAAAUCCAGCUGGAUGAUGCCGUCCGUGCCAAUGACGACCUGAAGGAGAACAUCGCCAUCGUGGAGCGGCGCAACAACCUACUGCAGGCGGAGCUGGAGGAGCUGCGGGCUGUGGUGGAGCAGACAGAGCGAUCCAGGAAGCUGGCAGAGCAGGAGCUGAUUGAGACCAGUGAGCGGGUGCAGCUGCUGCACUCUCAGAACACCAGCCUCAUCAACCAGAAGAAGAAGAUGGACGCAGACCUGUCCCAGCUCCAGACUGAGGUGGAAGAGACGGUGCAGGAGUGUAGGAACGCAGAGGAGAAGGCCAAGAAGGCCAUCACAGAUGCCGCCAUGAUGGCAGAGGAGCUGAAGAAGGAGCAGGACACCAGCGCCCACCUGGAGCGCAUGAAGAAGAACAUGGAGCAGACCAUCAAGGACCUGCAGCACCGGCUGGACGAAGCAGAGCAGAUCGCCCUCAAGGGCGGCAAGAAGCAGCUGCAGAAGCUGGAGGCCCGGGUUCGGGAGCUGGAGAAUGAGCUGGAGGCUGAGCAGAAGCGCAAUGCGGAGUCUGUGAAGGGCAUGAGGAAGAGUGAGCGCCGCAUCAAGGAGCUCACCUACCAGACAGAGGAGGACAGGAAGAACCUGCUGAGGCUGCAGGACCUGGUGGACAAGCUGCAGCUGAAGGUGAAGGCCUACAAGCGCCAGGCUGAGGAGGCGGAGGAGCAGGCCAACACCAACCUGUCCAAGUUCCGCAAGGUGCAGCAUGAGCUGGAUGAGGCAGAGGAGAGAGCGGACAUCGCCGAGUCCCAGGUCAACAAGCUGCGGGCCAAGAGCCGCGACAUUGGUGCCAAGGGCCUGAAUGAGGAGUAGAUCUUGAGCUGCCCAGUCCUAAAGGUGCCUGUGAAGCCCUCCGACCUGGAGCCUUUGUAACAGCCCCUUGGGAGGAAGCCGAAUAAAGCAAUUAUUCUUGAAGCCGA